CUAGCGUGAGGACUUGAACUUUUUCAGGUGUGCGUGUGAAUCAGAGAGGAGACCUUUAGCACAAACAUUAGUGGUUUUCAACUUAGCUUGCACAUUCGAUUUGCCUACGCGUUUACCUGGGUUAUCUUCUUCUGGAGACCGUCUAACAGGUAGGAGAGGUAGGAAACGUCUGCAGAAGGUGGAGACCACUCAGCCUAGUCCUCCUCACUUCUUCCUUUGGUUUUGCUGAGUGAAAAGAGUCGGGAGAUGAAAGUCAAGGAGGAGGAGAGAGACAAGGGCAGAUCAACCCCUCACAGAGAAAAACACGACCACAGACACAAGAAAAAGUCAAAGUCAGGAUCUAAGGAUAAAGAGAAAGAUUCAGAGAAUGGAAAACACCACAGAUCAUCCACAAAGCUCAGCUCAAGAUCUUCACGCAAACAUCUUCAGGAGUCUAAAGUCACAAGUUCUGGAAAAGUGAAAUCUGACUCCGUCAACAGUGAACCUGAAGCUGAUUACUUGGACGUGGAUAUAAAAGAAGGCUUUCCAAAGAGUAUGGAGUCACUGGACGGAAACAACAACUUGGGUGCUGAACUACAUGAGAAAUCAGGAAAUGAAGAAUAUUCACUAGUUCAAAAAGAGAUAACCGAGGAAACCAAUGAUCACAAGAAGCACAGUAAAAGCGACAAGAGUCCCAAUCAUGUCGAAAAAGAAAAAAAAACACACAAACACCGUGGCUGCAGAUCAGACCAAGACAGUAACAAUAAAACCACUAAAGGUUCAUCUAAUGACAAGAAGGUUAAACUCGAUGCAAAAGUGAAGAGGACUGAAAAUGGAUCAGCGUCUGUGAAGGCUUUAAAAGAGGAGGAAGAGGAGAUAAACAUAUUUGCUCCGAUCACCGACUACAGAGAAAUCAGACGUAGUACUAAGGUGAAAAGAGACAAACACAACCAUAAAGGGUCUACAGAAAAAGAAAGCACUGCCAAUGCAACAAAGGACAAGAAACAAGAUACAGAGAGGAAAAGGAAAUCUCUCAGCAAAGAUUGUGAUGAAGUUAAAAACAAAAAGGUCAAGAAAGAAGUGGAUGUGGAUGAUAAGAAAAGCCUGAAAGAAAAGAAAGCAGAGGAAGAAGCAAAUAAAUGGAAGUGGUGGGAGGAAGGAAAGCUCUCUGAUGGUCAGAAGUGGAGUACUCUUGAACAUAAUGGGCCACUUUUUCCUCCAGAAUAUGAACCUUUACCAAGCAAUGUGCCAUUUUUAUAUGAUGGAGAGCCGGUCAAGCUGAGCUUGGCCACUGAGGAAGUUGCAACUUUCUAUGCUAAGAUGCUGGACCAUGAGUACACCACCAAGGAGAUUUUUCAGAAUAACUUCUUCACUGAUUGGAGAGAGGUAAUGACAGAAAGUGAGAGACGAUUGAUCAAAAAACUCUCCAAGUGUGAUUUCAGCAGCAUCCACAAAUACUUUGUGGAAAAAGCUGAGGAAAAGAAAAACAUGACCAAAGAAGAAAAACAGGUUUUAAAGGAUGAAGCUAAUAAACUGACAGAGCAUUAUGGUUACUGUCUGCUGGACGGACAUAAAGAGAAAAUUGGUAACUUUCGUGUGGAGCCACCAGGACUGUUUAGAGGACGAGGAGAGCAUCCUAAAAUGGGCAAACUGAAGAAGCGUGUCCAGCCUGAGGAUGUGAUUAUUAACUGCAGCCAAGAUGCUAAGAUUCCAGAUCCUCCUGUAGGCCACCGGUGGAAGAGAGUACAGCAUGAUAACUCAGUCACUUGGCUGGCUUCCUGGGUGGAGAACAUUCAUGCACACAUCAAGUACAUCAUGCUCAAUCCCAGCUCUAAACUCAAGGGUGAAAAGGACUGGCAGAAGUAUGAAACUGCCCGUAAGCUGAAACUGAGCGUGGACUCCAUCAGAAGCGAGUACCGGAAAGCCUGGACUGCUCGCGAGAUGAAACAGAGACAACGAGGAGUGGCUUUGUACUUCAUUGAUAAGCUUGCUCUGAGAGCUGGUAAUGAGAAGGAUGAUGACACAGCAGACACGGUGGGUUGCUGUUCUCUUCGUGUGGAGCACAUAACCCUGCACCGCCGGCUAGAUGAUCAGGAAUACGUGGUGGAGUUUGAUUUCCUGGGUAAAGACUCCAUUCGCUACUACAAUAAAGUGCCGGUGGAGAAACAGGUUUUCAAAAACUUGAAGCUUUUUAUGGAAUCCAAAAAUCCAGAGGAUGAUUUAUUCGACAGAAUUUCAACGAUCUACCUCAAUAAAAAGUUAAAUGAAGCCAUGCCGGGGCUGACGGCAAAAGUGUUCAGAACAUUCAAUGCUUCCACCACCCUGCAGGAGCAGCUGAAGAAGCUCACUACUGAUGACAUGACUGUGGAGGAGAAGAUCCUGGCCUAUAAUCGAGCAAACAGAGCUGUAGCCAUACUCUGCAACCACCAGAGGGCAGCGCCCAAAACGUUUGAGAAAUCCAUGCAGUUGCUACAGGAGAAGAUCAAAAAGAAAAAGGAGGAAGUGGAGAAGGCCAAAAAGGAGCUGAAACAAGCAAAGAAAGAACACAAAGAGAGUCCAUCGGAGAAGUCGAAGAAGCUGGUGGAGAAGAAGGAGAAGACUCUGAAGAGGCUGUUGGAGCAGCUGAAGAAGCUCCAGCUGCAGGAGACUGACCGAGAAGAGAACAAGGUCAUUGCUCUGGGCACCUCCAAGCUCAACUACCUCGACCCCCGCAUCUCAGUGGCCUGGUGUAAGAAAAAUAAUGUUCCAGUGGAGAAGAUCUACAACAAGACUCACAGAGCCAAGUUCGCCUGGGCCAUCGACAUGACGGAUGAAAACUUCCAGUUCUAACACACCCAGAAAAAAAGAUGUGCUUUUCUUUAUUGUUUUGUUUAUUGUUUUUGAUAUUUUUUUUGGACCAUUUGAAAAACCACGUUUUCAUGUUAUGUCUUAUUGCCAAAUUUAGUUAAUAUAUGACAGAUAUGAUGAUGUGUCUUUUGUGUUGGAUUUGUUUGUGUAGUAAAAUAUGAGCUGAAGCUGAA